AUGUAUGAGGGCACUGAGACCAAGUACUACCAAUUUUGUGACUUUCUCACAAAGAGUUCAAGUGCGCGGCACUCGUUGCUGUGGCUUCUGUUGGCCUUUUGCUGCCUGAGCAGUGCCUUUGGAGCCAAGAUAACGAAAAAGGUUGAGAAAACCUCGGAAAAGCCGGAGGCAGUGGAUGCAGCAACCCCGAUUGAGGAGGAAAACGAUGAUGAUGAGGAGGAUGACAACGACGACGAGGAGGAGGAGGAACAGGAGGCGGUGGAUUCAGCGGACAAAGAAGCUGCCUCAUCAAGCAUCAAGAACCCCAAUGCGGUUCAGGCUGCCACGGAUCCCACCGAUCUCAGUGUCUGGGGCAUGGUUCGAACUCUUUGGGGCUGGCUGCGCAGCGAUCUGAGUGAAAGCCUAUUCGGCGAUGACGACAACGACGACGGGAAACCAACGUCCGGCAGCUCAGCAGUGGAGGGACGUACCUUCGGCAAGAUCCGUCGCCUGCAGAUGGCCUUGAUCCCGAUUAUCUUCAAGUUUGGAGUUCUCUCGGCCAUGGUCGCCUUUCUGGUUGCCAUUGGCAUGAAGUCGCUGUUCCUGCUCAAGGUUUUAGUGGUGAUGAAUGCCAUUGCCAUUCUGGGCAAGUUCAUUACCCUGAAGACGAGUCUGUUUGGACAGUACGAGAACACGGCGCCGUCGUUCAAUUACCCAGGCUGGAAUCCCCAUGCCAAGGAGUCGUGGGGCACCACUGGAUUUAGUGGACACGGUGGCGGACAUCCCCCGAGCAAGGAGAUCCACCUGCACAUCCACGGAAAUGCCCAGACCCAGGCUCAACUGGCGGGUCAGGGUUACCAGUAUGAAUCGCAAUCGGGCGGUUGGGCCAGUCGAUCGGAUCCCUAUGGAGCCUAUGCACCCACGGGUCAGUUUACGGAUAGCCAGCCGGUGGGAGCAGUGGCCGGAGAGGUGCCCAAUAACACCGAUCCCAUGUCCCUGCUGCCCACGAAGUACCGGGCGAGACGCCUCAUCCGCUGA